UUUUAUUGUCAUAACAUUUUUACUCCUGUCUUAACUGACAUUAAAUAUUUACUUUUUAAAUAAUAAUUAAGAUUUAAAGUAAUGUAUUAAGGUUUAACAAAACCUGUGUAUGAUCAUGUGUGAACAACACUAUCCAAAAUAUAUUACGGAUUUAAUAUAAUUUUUUAUGAAUAGAACUCCGUAUUUCUUAAUUAUUUAUAAUAUGGUUGAGGAAGUUGAAAUAAAGAUAGAAUAUUUUGAUUCAAAUGAAAUCGACCCAUUGAAGGAAUACAAAAAUCAAGAAUCCAAAAAAAAUCCCACAUUGCAAAAUGACGAGAAUUCUACGAAGCUGUCCUACAUUCUCAAGGAAUCAUAUGAAGAUAAUCUAAACACAAAAUUAAAGCCGAGUAAUAAAUUUCAAGAUAAAUCACAAACAACAUGGCACAAUUCAACAGACACCAGCGGUAGACUUCUCUGUAGAUUUUGCGAUUUAAAAUAUUCAACAACACAAACAUUACGACAUCACAUUAAAAUGAAGCAUCCAAACAUGGAAUAUAAUUUAAAAAGAUAUAUUUUGUAUAACAAACGAAAUUGUAAACAUAUAUGUCAUAUAUGUAAAAAGAAAUUCAGUAAUGUGGAGGAAUUAAGGAAACAUGUGAACUGUAGCCAUGCCAUCGAUGUUGUGGCCUUAUCAUGUAUUUAUUGUGAUGCAACUUUUAAUAACAGCAAUCAAUUAACAGGUCACAUGUAUUUGAAACAUAACAAAGUAUGCAAAAUAUUCACAUGCGAUGUAUGCGGUUAUCGCACUAUUAAGAAAUCGCAUUUUAUAAAACACUCUGUGACUCAUGAAGUUGAAAAGAAAAUUUCCUGUAAAUAUUGCGAUUAUGUUACAAAUAAUUACUCAAAUUUGAAAGUGCACGAGCACAUUCAUACAGACAAAAAACCAUAUGUUUGUGACUAUAAUAAGUGUGACUAUGAGAGCAGUUCCAGUUCGGGAUUAAGAAGUCACCGUUUAAAACAUUUCCGUGCCAAAAAUAUGUUGUAUUGUGAUAAAUGUGGCUAUUCAACAGUUUAUAAGAAUUCGUUAAACAGACAUUUAGAUAGUCACAAGAGAUCUAGCAUCAGAGAUGCAUUAUGAAAAAAACUUUCCUUAUAUAUAUUUAUUUACAUUAAACUAAUAUUCAACAUAUUCUCUAUAAAUACAUAUUGUGGGUACUGA